CAAUUUUGAAGAGACUGGAGUUUGGCGGGGCCGGGGUAGGCUCGACUACGGAAGAAGACAAACGAAAACGAAAACGAAGACGCGGUCUUCUGGAACUUCUCGAGCUGUAUAGAGCCCUGGCAGGCUCGGGUACGAGCGCGGCUGCUAAGAUGGGCAACAAUGCCGCGACCGCAAACAAAAAGGUUGACGCUGCCGAGAGCGUCAAGGAGUUUCUCGACAAAGCAAAGAAGGAGUUCGAGGACAAGUGGAAGAGAAACCCGACGAACACUGCUGGUCUCGAUGAUUUCGAGCGGAUCAAGACACUCGGUACCGGCUCGUUCGGUCGUGUCAUGAUAGUACAACACAAACCGACCGGAGAAUAUUACGCCAUGAAGAUACUCGACAAGCAGAAGGUCGUGAAACUAAAGCAAGUGGAACACACGCUUAACGAAAAAAGGAUACUUCAAGCGAUUAGUUUCCCGUUCUUGGUCUCCCUACGGUUUCACUUCAAAGAUAACUCGUACCUUUACAUGGUCCUGGAAUAUGUGCCAGGAGGCGAAAUGUUUAGCCAUCUACGAAAAAUUGGCCGUUUCUCGGAACCGCACUCGCGCUUUUACGCGGCACAGAUCGUAUUAGCGUUCGAGUACCUUCACUACCUCGACUUAAUCUAUAGGGACCUCAAGCCGGAGAAUUUGUUGAUCGAUUCUCAAGGUUACCUAAAAGUCACGGAUUUUGGUUUCGCUAAAAAGGUACAGGGUAGAACAUGGACCUUGUGCGGCACGCCGGAAUAUCUCGCACCUGAAAUUAUUCUUAGCAAAGGUUAUAACAAAGCCGUUGACUGGUGGGCGCUCGGCGUCCUUGUCUACGAGAUGGCUGCCGGUUAUCCACCCUUCUUCGCUGAUCAGCCAAUUCAGAUCUAUGAAAAAAUUGUCAGUGGAAAGCCACGAUUCCCUUCGCAUUUUGGAUCUGACCUAAAAGACUUACUACGUAAUUUGCUACAAGUCGAUCUUACCAAGAGGUACGGCAAUUUGAAAGCCGGUGUGAAUGAUAUUAAGGGUCACAAGUGGUUUGCCAGUACCGAUUGGAUAGCUGUCUUCCAAAAGAAAAUUGAAGCCCCGUUCAUACCGAAAUGCAAAGGACCAGGGGACACGAGCAACUUCGACGACUACGAGGAGGAAACGCUGAGGAUUUCGUUGACGGAGAAGUGCGCCAAGGAAUUCGCCGAAUUUUGAAUUUCCACGCAGAUCGAAGAUGGAUACACGUGUCGCGUAUUUAUUCAUACGCGAUGGUUCGUCGCUCGUUGCUCGCUUUUCUUCGAGCGAGUAAGCUAGAUGAAGUAAGAGAGACGGGGAUAUUAUGGGAGCGGGGGAGAGGGAGAGAGAGAGUGCGAAAGAGCGUAAGAGAGAUAGCGUAAUAGAAAGAAUGUAUCGCAUGUAUGCACGGUGGAAAGAGAGCGUGUCGUGUGUGUGCGUGCGCGUGUAUGAUUGUGUGCGUUGCGGGCACGCUCGGUGCAAAGUGUACAGAGGAGGGGAGGACAGUUUAGAAGAGUAGCGAGAGAAAGGGAAAGAAAAUAAGGAAGAUAAGCACGUAAGAAGCAGAUGGCAGAUUUUGCGCUAUAUUUUCUGACCGAACUCGAGAAGGAAACGGAAUCGGAAAGAGUAUACGAAGGGAACACGGUUAAUGGCGCCGUUGAGCGUAACUGAGAGAAAGGGAGUAAGACAGA